AUGAAAUUUGCCGAACAUUUAUCAGCACAUGUUACACCAGAAUGGAGUAGUCAAUAUAUUCGAUAUGAUGAUAUAAAAGAAUUACUUGCACAAGCAGUUGCUAAAGCACAACCGUUUAUUGAUAAUAAUGAUAAUGUUUUAUGUGAACAAUUUUUCUUACGUGUUGACGAAUAUUUUUUUCAAUAUUGUGAAAAAGAAGCAACAAAAAUUAAUAAGUUUUUUGCAGAAAAGCUUGCUGAAGCAAUAAAUAGAUGGGAAGCUGUACAAAACGAAGUUAACCAAUUGGAACCAACUCGUCAUCAGGGAUUGCACAGUUUAAAAAUACCAACUACUAAUACAGUUGCUGUUGAUGAGCAAAAUGAUGAUACAAAAUCAACAAAAACAAAUCAUCAUUCUGUUCAUCCAGAAAAAAAUACAGCACUUGCACCAUUAACAUGGGUUUUACCAGAACAUUUCGUUGAAAGAACACGUGAAAAACAAACAAAACAUAUACAAUAUCGAAAACGUAAAGAUUUAAAAUUAGCUUUUAGUGAAUUUUAUUUAAUGCUUGUUUUAUUACAAAAUUAUCAAACACUUAAUUUUACUGGUUUUCGUAAAAUAUUAAAAAAACAUGAUAAAUUAUUUCAAACGACACGUGGUGAAGAAUGGCGAAAAUUAAAUAUUGAUAUAGCUCCUUUCCAUACAUCGAAAGAAGUUGAAAAAUUAAUUAUUGAUGUUGAAACAAAAUAUACUGAAAAACUUGAAUCCGGAAAUCGAUCACGUGCAAUGAAACGUUUACGUGUACCACCAAUAGAAGAAAAACAAUCACCAACGGUUACAUUUCGUGUCGGAUUUUUUAUUGGAAUAAUUUGUCUUUUAAUUCCAAUUAUUAUUGCUCUUGGUACAAGUCUUAAUGUUAAUCAAUCAACAAAACCACUUCCUUGGAGACAAGCAUUAUUUCUUUAUCGUUCAACAUUUCUUAUUGUUCUUCAUAUAGUUCUUAUCGGUAUUAAUGUAUAUGGUUGGUCAUCAUCAGGUGUUAAUCAUGUAUUAAUAUUUGAAAUUGAUCCACGAAAUCAUUUAACUUAUCAACAAUUAUUAGAAAUUGGUACAUUUCUUUUUGUUCUAUGGUUUUUAAGUUUUGUUGGAUUUAUUUUAUCAUCUUAUUUUGAUUUUUUUCCAUUUAUACAACCAUUUGGUUUUGUUACAAUGAUUCUUUUAUUUUUAUUUAAUCCAACACAUACACUUUAUUAUGAUGCUCGAUUUUGGCUUUUAAAAACUUUAGGUCGUAUUAUUUGUGCACCAUUUUACCGUGUUGGUUUUGCUGAUUUUUGGCUUGCUGAUCAAUUAACAUCUCUUGGAUUAAUAUUUUAUGAUAUACAAUAUUUUUUUUGUUUUUAUAUUUAUAGUGUAUCAUGGUGGCCAAUCUAUUCUGUAUCGCCACAAAUUGGUUUUUUUUGUUACGGUUGGUCACAAGUGCUUUUACAAAGUUUUCUUAUGAUAAUACCUGCAUGGUUUCGUUUUGCUCAAUGUUUAAGACGAUAUCGUGAUACGAAACAAAAAUUUCCACAUUUAGUUAAUGCCGGAAAAUAUGCUAGUGAUUUUUUUGUUGUUGCUACAAAUGCAGCACGUCGUGCAACAGCUGUACACUAUAUUCAUCGAGCAUCUAAUCCAUUUUUAUAUCUUUGGAUUAUUUCAGCACUUAUUGCUUCAACAUAUAAAUUAAUAUGGGAUUUUAAAAUGGAUUGGGGAGUUUUGGAUAAAAAUGCUGGAAAAAAUAAAUUCUUACGUGAUCGAAUUAUUUAUCCAUCAAAAAUUUAUUAUUAUGCAGCUAUGAUAGAAGAUAUUGUAUUUCGUUAUAUAUGGACUAUAAAUAUAUUUCUACAUUUUCAUACAAUUUCAGCUGAAUAUAGUGAUUUAAUUGGUUUUAUAUUUGGUUUAGUUGAAAUUUUUCGACGUUUUAUAUGGAAUUAUUUUCGUUUAGAAAAUGAACAUUUAAAUAAUUGUGGACAAUUUCGUGCUGUACGUAAUAUUACAAUUGUACCACUAGCAAAUGUUGUUGAUUAUAAAAUAUUAGAAGAUAUAAUUGAUAAAGAUAAGAGUAUUAAAAAUCGACAUCAAUCAAAACACCAUGAUUUAAUUGAAAAAACUAUUAAUCAAGAAAUAAAUAAUAAUGAAACAAUUAUAGUUCAUCCACAACGAACAUCAUCAAUAAAUUCAAAUCCAAUAACCGAAGAAUUAAAUAGAAAAUUUCCAAUAUUAUCAUCAUCAAAACCUAUUGAUGAAUCUUCAGAGCGCAUUGUUUUUCUAUAA